CUUUGACACCUCAAUUCGGGAACUAAACACGCCCGUAAUCAUACGGGGACGUUUCAAUUUUUAGCACAGCGGGCUUGUUUCCACAGGUGUUUGACCAUGGAAAAAGUGAGAGAGCCUGACAGUUUCAGACCUUGGAAAGAAAACAAAAGUUUCACACGCCAACUGCACACGUCGCCUCGCCUCACCUCGCCUGCGUCUCCACCUCCCCAGCGCAGAGAGAGCCCGCCCGCAGGCCGCAGGGGAAGCAGAUCACUCGGCGCGCUGUCGCCGUCGCCGUCGCCGUCGCGCGGACGCGACUCACUCCUCCGCCGCCCCCAAACCCAAGCUUGCGAGAGCGAAACCCCAACCCAACCCCCCCUCGCCGUCUCGCGCCGCUCCGGCAUGCACGGCGCCGUGGCGGCCGCUGCCGCUGACCCAGGAGGUGGCGUCCGUGGUGGUGGUGGAGGAGGAGGAGAGGCGGAAGGCGGGGACGUGGUGAUGCUGAAGUGCGCGAGCGUGGCGGCGUGCCUGACCUGCCCUCUCUGCGGCCGCCUCCUCCGCGACGCCGCCACCAUCUCCGAGUGCCUCCACACCUUCUGCAGAAAAUGUAUACAUGAGGAGUUCAUCAAUAAGGAGUCCUGCUGCUGCCCUACUUGCAACAUUGAUCUCGGGUGUGCUCCGUUGGAGAAACUCAGAGUUGAUCACAGUAUACAAUUUGUAAGGUCAAAGAUAUUUCCUUUCAAAAGAAAGUUGUUCGAGGACCUAGAAGUCAUUUCAUCAAUUCCAUCACCUAUCAAGAGGAAAGAAAGAUCCCUAUCUUCACUUACAAUCCCUGCUCCUCAGGUGUCUAUACAGAAAUGCUUGACAAAGAGGAGAACGAAAGCUUCGUGUUUACGCAACUUUUCUUUGCAUUCUUCCUUGAGGGGUAGUAAAGAUACAUCAAAGAAACUUGUGGGUUGGACACCAUUGGGUUCUCAACUUAAGCUUGGGAAAGACAAAAAGUCUCUCAGAUCAAGUUUAAAAGAUGCAAACAGAACCAAAAAUAAGUCUGGUGAUACAGAUGAUGGUGCUCCUGCUGGUCAAGCAUUUACAAGAUAUGGGCGUGGCACUAAGAGGACUGGGAGCAAGAAAUUGUUCAUGGUAAAGAGUAAAAAGAAAAGGUUCAAGGCAAAGCAGCCCAGUAAAAGGAGGAGAUUCCGAGCACUAUGGUUUUAUCUACUUGCUGCUUUUGAUCAGAGAGGAGUACCAACUUUGCCACAACUACCAGCAAAGUAUCUGAGGAUCAAGGAUGUUGAUUUGCCUGUUUCCGUUAUACGGAAGUACCUUGUACAGAAACUUAACCUCUCAAGUGAAACUGAGGUAGAAGUAUUGUGUGGUGGCAAAGUAGUGAGCCAAGGAAUGACACUGCAUGAUCUAGCAGAUCGCUGGCUCGAGAAAGGACCAAAGGGCCGAAUGCGGUCAUCCUUAGGCUCCCCGGCCACUGCAUUCAUGGUGACAUUGUUCUAUAGGAGGCCAGAUGUUGAUGUGCCCUCACCCCAACCUGAAACUGAAAGUUGCCGUAGCUAACGGAGAACUUUGCUUCAUUUCUGAGCAGGCUGACUUCACUCACUGAGUCGGGAGCCGUUGAUUCAUCUGCGCAUUGGUACCAGUUAUCUGAGGCUCAAGCCACACGCUAAUUACUAAUAAUAUGUAGAUAUAUGUUAAUGUUACAAGCCAUGGCUGGCUUCUGAUCAUCUACCUUCAACCAUUAUUUAUCCCCUUUUCUUUUCCUGACAUUAGUGCUGAUGUACCUAGCUACUACGUAUGUGGUCUCUGGUCUGUAAUGAGAUGUUAGCUGUGAGGUUGUAUCUGUUAAGGUGGGGACUUCAUGUUCUCUCUCCAUGGAGCUUGUAGAUUAUGCCUCUGUAUGUGAAUUUCCUGAUGUGUAUAUACUCUACUUGAUUAUAUAAGCUCUGGAAUGCACUUGCACUUGCAUGAUGCUUUGUCAGGAUUACCAUUUUAGAGCAUCUUCAAGAGACUACUCAUCUCGCUUG